GGGAACACACACUUUUGAGCAUUCGAAAGGGACAGACUUGUUGUCCAAUCGCCAGCAUCAGAAAUUUUUACAGACUAAAAAUCGUAAGGCCCAGAAAACAAAAUUCGAGAAAUGAUUGGAGUCCCGGGAACUUUCAAGGUUUUGGCGGCCUUGUCGGGAAUGUUGUUCAUGGGCUAUUGUGUGUAUUUCGACAAGAAGCGUCGCGGUGAUCCGGAGUUCAAGAGGAAGUUGCACGAGAAGCGCCACCAACGCACCUUCCGAGCCCUGAAAACCUCGAGAUCAGCGACUCACAUGAGCAACAAGGAGAUCGAGUUGUACUUCCAGAACCAGAUCCAAAGGGGCGAGGGCCUCAUCACCAACGGCGACAUCGAGGGCGGCGUGGACCACCUUAUCAAUGCGAUCCUGGUCUGCAGCCAGCCGGGAAAACUGCUGCAGGUUCUUCAGAACACCCUGCCCAUGGAGGUCUUCACCAUGAUGUUGAUCAAGAUGCAUGCCUACGAGUCCGCCGAGCGCAGUUCUCCCGUUUUGAUGGACGAGGAAGGUGUCAGUGCCCUCGAAUAGGAAUGGUAUUCCAAAAUUAAGGGUCCCUGAAUUUUUUUUUGCCGAGCAAAUGGAAAACUUUCCUCUGACGGCAGUCUACAGUAGCGAAGUACAUUCUUUGGUUCAUGUAUCUCGGACAAAUACAUACAAUGUAUACUGGUA